AUGUCGGACCAGAAGCCUUUGCGCUUUGGCCUCAAGCGACGCCAGCUGCGCACGCUCGCCCAGCGACAGCGAGACGCCGUCCGCCCGCGUCAGCCGUCGAUCGCCACGGCGAACGGCGCGCUGUCGCAUUCUUGGGAGGACGAUGAGACACCCGACCGCGAGGAGGCGGCCGCGCGCGCAAUGCUUCAGAGGUUGGAAGCGCGGCUGCGCGAAUCCAGCUCGUCCACGAGCAAGCUCGCCUCGCCCUCCAACGGCGGCGGCACUAAUGGGCGUCUCGCAGCCGCUGCGCCGCGCCGCGGAGAGUGCCUGCGGCUGACGCUGCUGCCGACGCAUCUGCUCAUCGAGGAUGUCGACCUCGCGCUGCCGUACUCCGCGGAGACGAACCGCUUCCUGCGCUGCGUCGAGGCCGGUCGACUGCCGCUGCUGCAGCUGCGCUCGAACCCCGCCCUCUGGGCUCUCUGCGAGAAGCGCUUCAUCGAGGGCUGCCUGCCGGUCGAAGUUUCGGACCGGCGGUCGCCAGAGGCAGAGGCGGAGGCUGCGGCGAGACGCGCCACCGGGGGAGGGGAGAGCGGCACGACGCUGGCGUGCCUCGUGCCGGAUCGCGAGACCCUCCUCCAGGAGCUCGCGCUCCGCUCGGAAUCCGCGGCGGCGGCGGGCGCGCCGUGGUCAGACGAGCUGCUGCUCGAGACCGAGGCGGCGCUGCUGCUCGCGACGGCGCCGCCUCCGUGUCUGCGUGCUGCCGAGCCGGGGCCCGCAGCCGCGGCGCCCCUCGGCGUCAUCGGCCGGCUCGCCAACGCGCUCCAGUUCGACCGCCUCAAGCUGCACGCCUACCCGUGCCGCUUCCCGCCGACGGCAGCGGCGCCCUCGAGCUCGCGCGGGCCCUUCCGCCGCGCCGCCAUCGCCGGCGUGGCGUGCGCGGCGCUGCGCGCCGCUCUGCGAGCGCUUCUGCGCCUGCACUGCAUGUCUCUGUUGCUGCUGGUGGUGGUGAUGGUGCUGCUGAUGGUGCAGAUGCUGCUGCUGGCGCGGCGCGGCUCUGCGACUGGGCUCGACGAGCGCGUCGCGAGCAUCUGA